UUAUUUUAAAUAUUCAGUGUUAAAAUUUAAACUAAAAAAGUUAAAUAUGAAAUUUAUCUUCUCUUUGUUUUCUGUUGUUAUUGUGAGUGCCGUAUUACCGUUUAUUGAAGGCCAAAGAGGGCCGUUUAUGCCAUUGCCACCAUUCCAAGAGGAAGAUUGCUAUUUAGAACCGCAAGGAAUUUGUCCUUAUUCUGCUGCACCAGAAAAAGAAGCCAUUAAUGUUUGGAAAUGGGACGUAUCUGCUAAUAAAUGUGUAGAAGUACUUUAUUAUACUAACUGCCAGCGCACCAGAAAUAAUUUUGACGAUUUCGAGAGUUGCAGUAGGAUAGCGGGGCCCAUCUGUAGAUUUUUUGUAUCGUAGAUAAACUGAAUCAAAGUACUAUAAUGUAAUGUUAUAUUCUUUAUAUUUUGUACGUUACACUUGGCAUUUCUACUUCGACCCCUAAAAUCCUUUCUAUUAAAAAAU